AUGUCCGGAGCAGUUUUUCGUGCAGUAGCAGAACCGACAAUCAUUCAUCGAAAACAUUUGAAGGGACGAAUCCCGUUUCCUCAGUCCCCGCCGGCAUCACCAAUUACAGGAGACGUGGAUACUGAAUCCAGCAAGAACAGUCUUACAAAUAGCAACAGCAACCCAAGUAUGUCUCCCGAGAUCUCGACCGCUCAGAGCUCCUUAGAUUCCAGAUUCUAUUCAUCACCCCCCGGCAAUUCUUACUUUAAAAGUGUUGGUACAAGGGCUUCUGAGAAGAAGAAGCAUUUACAACGUCAUCAGCACCCUGUCCUGAAUUGUGCGCAUGCCAAACGCCGCGGCGUCAAUACACUCUCUAGUCCUGAAAGCAAUCUCACUACAAUUCAAGAGACUGCUCUAGAUCAAACGUCUCCUAGCGUACUGACUGUCGAGCGGGCAGCCGCGGCCAAGAUUUACCUUGAAACUUACUUCGAUGAGCUGCUGAAUCCCGGCCCCUGCCCGCGGUCUAUUCGUCUUCAUUUGCUUGAGACGCAUCUGAUCAACUGUGGUGCCUUGGAUGGUAAAGUGAGCCCUUCGGAGAUAACAGCUGUGCGUGCGGAUUUUUUCCGUCGAGAGAGCGAGCAUCUACGCAAGACUCGCGUACUGAAAGUCCGCAGUACCCUCGCACUCGUGGCGCAACGGGGUGCCCCUGAAGCCAGCCUUGAACAGGAUUGGGAUGUCUUAAAGAUUCUGGGUAAAGGCAGCUUUGGGGUGGUACGACUCGUUCGGGAAAAAUCCCAAUAUCGUGAUGAAGGUCCCAAUGGCCGCUCUGAAACUUGGUCCGAAGCUAGCAGCAAGCAGGUAUACGCCAUGAAGGUUAUACGAAAGUCAGACAUGCUUCGGACUAGCCAAGAGGGUCAUCUAAAAGCCGAAAGGGACUUUCUUGUUGCAUCUGAAGGCUCAAAAUGGAUUGUGCCACUCAUCGCAAGCUUCCAGGACGCUGCCAAUCUCUAUCUUGUCAUGGAGUAUAUGCCGGGUGGUGAUUUUCUCGGACUUUUGAUUCGGGAGAACAUCCUACACGAGUCUGUAGCACGAUUCUACGUUGCCGAAAUGAUACUAUGUGUCGAGGCGGCACAUGCGCUCAAGAUCAUUCAUCGUGAUAUCAAGCCGGACAACUUUCUCAUCUCUGCCUCAGGUCAUCUGAAGAUCAGUGACUUCGGGCUGGCAUUCGACGGUCACUGGUCGCAUGACGCCUCAUACUUCAACUGUCACCGAUAUAGCUUGCUCAACAAGUUGGGCAUCCACAUCGAGGGUGAUGACCAAGACAAGGCCGAAGGUCGCAGUCUGCAGGCCACAAUGAAAUGGGCAAGCGGUAUUAUGACGGGGAUCGACAAGCACGAGAAAAAAACCACAGAUGAUGGAGAGCCCCUUCUUAGCUGGCGUAAUCGAUGCGGCAACCGCACUUCUGCUAUGAGCGUUGUCGGCACUAGCCAGUAUAUGGCGCCAGAAGUCAUUGAAGGGAAGAAGUACGAUGCUCGACAUAUGACGAAGCAGAACAUUCUCAGAUACAAGGAGACAUUCCAUUUUCCACGUCAACCUGCUGUCUCUGCAAGAUGUCAGCAACUGAUCACGUCGCUUAUAGACAACAGAGAGAACAGGCUCUGCUCUAAACGCUAUCGCUUCAAAGAUCUCAUCAACAUGUCUAUGACCGCCCAAUCAGCCAAUCUGGGAACCACAGGAGGACCCAGUGUAGGGACGAGUUCUUAUGGCCAUCACCGGAAGCAGCAGCCCGAGUCGGCAGCUCCACGAGACUUCGCCGGACGUUACGUAUUUCCUUACGAUGCUGAAGACAUCAAGGCGCACAGGUGGUUCAGGGGAGUUCCUUGGGAAAGGUUGCAUGAGAUUGAUCCCCCAUACAUACCGCAUCUACGAGGCCCUGAUGAUACUCAUUAUUUCGACGACGAGGAUCCUAUCAGCGAUUGGAGCAACAGCAGCGAGGAAUCAGAGCCGGAGGAUCCCUCACCGACAAAUCUUAGCUCUCCGGUCAUUUCAGACCCAUACGGAAGCUCAAGUCCCAUCAGUCCAACAACACCCUCUAUGCUUGGAUCUCUCAAGGACCUUAGUAUAGGCAGCCGUCCCCCCAACCCCAAACGAAAAACGACUUCUGUGGCUAAGCAAGCUCUUCAAGGCUUCAGGCGUGAUGUUGAGAAGUGGGCUCUCACGGCCAUUGCAACUCCGUAUGACAGAAAUCGCCUACACAAUCUUGACUCGCAAAUUGAUGAAAGGUUUGCCGAUCUGGCUUCGGAAGAUCGGGAGAUGUUGAAACAGUUUGUGCGGGUCUAUGGAAAGAAAGACCGAAAGAGGCCCAGGGACAAGCUGUUGAGGGACAAGAACACCAAGGCAGUGGUCAUGGAUGUGAGGAAGAGGACCGCCUUUAUGGGCUACACUUGGCGACGGAUGAACCACGACGGUAACGGGGCGGUGAGAAAGGGCUUGGAACGGAUUUGGCCCAACGUUGGUUCCUUUGCGAGCGAUGGGAAUCCCAGGGGCGAAGAUGGCACAUUCGAUGCUGACGGUGUUGCAUUUGGCGGUAGCGGUGGUUAUACCGAAAGUGUUCCUGCGAAUCAUGUUGGCUAUGAGUGGGAAGAGGAUCGCGCCGCUGCUGUGAAAGCUUUACGCAAGGGAAGACUGAGCUGGCUCUAG